AUGUUCGUUCAAGGAACUAAACGAUUGAAGAUGAACGUUUUGUUGACCACUUAUGAAAUAUUACUGAAGGAUAAGGCGUUUUUGGGUGCAUUCGAAUGGGCCGUAUUGGCCGUUGACGAGGCGCAUCGUCUCAAAAACGAUGAGUCGUUACUGUAUCGAUCACUGGCCGACUUCUCAACGAACCAUCGUCUGCUGAUCACCGGAACACCGCUACAGAAUUCAUUGAAAGAGCUCUGGGCACUGCUGCAUUUCAUUAUGCCGAAUAGGUUCAGU